AUGGCGCUCGAAGUACGUGUUGUAUUUCUGUUGGGAUUAGUUAAUGACACCAAGAUUCAGGAAUACAUACAACAGGAGCAUAUUAAAUAUUGCGACACGGUUCAGGGCAAUUUCAUAGAUUCAUAUCAUAAUCUUACCCAUAAAGGUGUGAUGGGGCUGAGGUGGAUAACUGAACAUUGUUCAAAUGUGAAAUACGUAGUCAAAGUUGACGAUGACGUAAUAUUUGAUAUGUGGCGCUUUUUAAAUUAUUUAGGUUCAUUUUCGGAAGGCGGGAGUAUAUUAUGCGAUGUUAUAAAUUAUGGGUGGAUAUUUCGCAAAGGAAAAUGGGAGUUAGACAAUGAAAUAUUCAGUCACAAUUGGUUAUGGCCCUGGCCAUAUUGUCGCGGAUUCAUUGUUAUAUUAACUGGUGACGUCAUACAACCUUUGUUCGAAGCUGCGAACACGACACCAUUUAUUUGGAUUGAUGACGCUUACUUGUUUGGUUAUCUC